CCUGCCCCUCAGGUUCUGGAUCAACAUAAUCAAAAAUCCACAGUUUGUGUUUGAUGUGCAGACAUCGGACAAUGUAGAUGCCGUGCUCCUGGUCAUUGCCCAGACUUUCAUGGAUUCCUGUACUAUUGCCGACCACAAGCUGGGGCGGGACUCGCCAAUCAACAAGCUGCUCUAUGCCCGGGACAUUCCUCGCUACAAGCAGAUGGUAGAAAGGUACUAUGCAGACAUUCGGCAGACCAUCUCCGCCAGUGACCAGGAAAUGAACUCUGCCCUGGCUGAGCUGUCAAGGAAUUACUCAGGUGAACUCAAUUCCAUGGUGGCUCUGCAUGAACUCUACAAAUACAUCAACAAGUACUAUGACCAGAUCAUCACAGCCUUGGAAGAAGACCCGACAGCCCAGAAGAUGCAACUGGGAUACCGACUGCAGCAGAUCGCAGCUGCUGUGGAGAACAAAGUCACUGAUUUGUGACCCAGACAAACAGAUUGUGAUGCUCUUGGGUGAAUAGUGCUGCUCACUGGAACUUCAUAGCUACACACAAAGUGUCCCACUGCCUUUGGAACCAGACACUCUGAGGAGCUGGCAUGUGACACAGGAGGAGGUAGCCAAGAAAAUGCACAGUACAAACGUCCUUACAUCUCAGAGAAUAUUUUUUUACAGAUUUUUUUGUCCUUUUUUAAAAUGUACUUUAAAUUCUGAGAGUUUCUACAAACCACAGUGUGAGAAAGAGAGAAACCAGGCACCUUCUUCCCACAUGUUGUGAAUGUGCCAAGUUUCCAAACAAUAUUGUGAAGGAGCUGGAUAACAUAAAGAGCUUCAGAACAAAGCUAAAGACCAUACCUGGCUUCAUGUGAGCCUCUACCCUCAUUUUGGUACUAGCACCAGGGGUAAGAGAGACUAGUGCUGUGCCUGCUGCCCUGAACAUUGUAUAACCACCACUACUAUGAUGGUAAUAUCCCAGGCUACUGCAGUCAUGGUAGUGCUGGACGUAAGUGUGUGAGCUUCCUGAGCCCUCAUGGAACUAGUUGGGGCAUUAGGACUGAUUUCACCUGUUGAGAGUUUACCACACCUGGGCCAAUCCCUAGGGACCAGAGUGUACUCCUCCUGCAUACAGGCCUAGAAGCAACCCGCCUGCAGUGUGGCCCACCUGUUCCAUGGCCUGAGCUGAGGAGCAUCUCCCACAGCAUGAACAUCAGUGCACUGGAGGGGUUGUGCCUGGCACCCCAAAAUACUGAAUGUAGGGUUGAGAAAUAGACUGAGGGGGAGAUGAGAAAAGUCACUUGGUCCCAGGAUUUUAGUCUUCCUCACUGCUUGUCAGUGACUCAUGCUAAUGAGACUAACAUGCUCACCAGUUCCAGAUGGUGACCCAGUAGGCUCACUCUAGUUCUAGUGUAAGCAGGCACCAUGCUACUGACAUCUAUGGAGCUAUACUCACUUUCCCCUGGACUUGAAUUUAGCAUGGCUUGGGGAGGGGGCAAGGUGAACUUAGUGAAGUGCCUCUAACCUAGAUGUAUGUCUGGCCCUCUGGUUCUCUGUGGUCAGAUGCUGUCCUGCCACUUGGAAAGCACAGUGAAGGCCUUGUAUCUAUUUCCUUUCUCUGGCUUGUAGCUAUUUUGGUUCUAUGAACUGGAUCUGUAAAUACCCUCAAAAUUACCAAGUAUUCACAUGCUCAAGGGGAAUGUUAAUUUUGUUUUUCUGAGACAAUACUUCACCUGGAUGAGCACCUCCUUGGACACUGUCAUCAUCACAAACUCCCCAGGCUAAGCACUGACUGUGUCAAACUGCUUCUGCCUAGUCUGUGCCCCACUGGGCACAUCGGGGGCUUCCGACUUUUCCAGAAACACCUAGAGUUUCACAAUAACAAUUGACUUUUCCCCAAAUUUCCCACUAAGCUGAAAUGGUUUCUAGGCUCAAUCUCACAACCAGAUAUACCUUCCUCAUCUUUAUCUCAGCCUAAAAUGAAACUUCAAAUAUGCCCCUGAAGCUGAAUUUCUUGUUCUCAAAUUCUCCUGUGUGGCUCCCAUUUAGUGACCUGCUGCCCACUUAAAAUCUUAGUGGAAAUCCUGAACUGUCACCACAGCCCCCAAAAGAGCAGAGCAAAGGAACCAAGUGACCAGGAGUCCCACUGGAUGAGCACCAGGAGAGCGUACCAAACAGCGACCAUGCUCUGUAAAAUGACCAGCCCUUCUGGCAGGGUUCCCUCUUUCCAAAUUGAAUGGAACCAAACUCAGGCUGUGCCCUAGACCAUCCCACCCUUGGUCUGAGUUUGGUUCCAUCCUCUCAGAGAGGACUAAAGGCGUUCCCCUCCCUCCACACCUAAGUAGGGCUUGAGGUAACCCUUGCUUUCUUGCUGGUCAGAGGGGAGGGAUUUCUCUCUUUCAUUCCCCCAGCCAUGUCUCCCCAACUGAGCAUGUGGGGGAGUGUCGUUGGUUUCCUCUUACCCAUUUGUCCCCCUCAGUGGAGCCAGGAAUAGCUUCAGUGCUGAAUGACACCAGCCCUGUGUAGCUGAAACAGACCCUGUACAGAGCGCAACUUCAACUGCCAAUUCACGCCUUUUGCCUGUAACUGAUGAUCACAUGGAGAUGGCUAGACUCCAGCAGAGAAAUAUGGGGUCUCUGUUCUUGUUUGUGUUACCUGGAGGUGCCAGACAGAUGAGAGCCCUGUUGGGCUGAGCCGUGUGCAGUCAUACAAUAAAAAACAGCCCUGGCCCCAGAGAAUUUGCAAGUCUAGGUUCAGGCAAAACUUAAUAGGCAGGUGAAACAAAUGUGGGAGGGAGGAUGGGUAAGAGUGAUGAUCCCAUCUGUGCAGUGCCAAGCAAACCUCCCAGAGUUGGGGAGCAUGAGAUUCAAAACUCUUUUGGCAUCUGUCUUUAUAACUUUUCCAACCAGACACCAAGAGCUGUCAGACUUUCCUCCGCUGUUUGUGGCCCUGCAUUGCCUUUGCCUCUCCCACAUUGUAGAAAAUCUUUUCUCUGCGCUCUCACAAAGUCCUGUCAGUCAAUUUGAGAGGAGGAGAAUUCUCUUGUUUAUCCAGGAUUUACAUUAACCUGAUGUCAGGUGCUGGUCUCUGUGACCAACCUCUCCCCGCCAACUCUUGGCUCCUACUUGAUCCAUCAGCUUCUCCCCCUCAAUUUGCCUGCCAGAGCGUGAUGGCAACACAAGUCAAGGAGUGUACACCUUUGUCUGUGUACCUUGAUCAGGACUGAGGUGGGUGUGGGUACCAUUCAGUGCCUCUCCAUGGAGAUAACAGAUUUCUUGUUUCUCCAGGGACGUGCGUGUGAUUUGCCCAUAUAACAGUAAUAUUAACAAAAAGAAGAGUCAUUUAAAAACACUGCAAAAAUGGUGUCAAAAGAAAAUAAAAUGCUUAACAUCUCCAGAUUGACCCGUCUCAAAUGCUAAAUAGGAUAUGACAUUCUCAGCUUAGUCACAGUGAAAACAGAAAAGUUGAUAGCAUACAUUUCUCCUCCAAUCUGUCACCAUCACACUGUCAGAUACCAACUCCCUUUUGCUGCAUCCUGGACCCACUUUUUAAUAUCCCUGUGACUUGAUCAGUUUGCAGGUUCAGACAUGCCCCUUCUGGUCUCUCCAUUCAUGCCUCUCCCACAUGGUAAAGUCCAUUACCUCAACAGGGUGAGGUUUCAUUAACGCUUAUACAAAAGUCUUUAAUAAGAAUUCCUGUUGGGGAGGUAGUAGAUUCCUAAUUACCCCUGGGAGGUUCCACUCAGCCUUCCUAUCUCCAUGGUUGCUGUGUCAAAAGCCCCAGGGAUUUCUGUUUCCUUAGAUCGCCUUUGGAUAUGUACCAUGUUCCUACAGGACAUGGCUUCUAUUGGAGCAUGGUCAGGCCGUCCUGCUGCAUACACCUAGUCUCUGUCUCUGCAGGACACAGAGAUAGCUCUUUACAUUUGUUUUAUUAAUUUCUUGCCACGAAACAUAACUUUUUGACAGACCUUAGAUCCUCGCUCUCAGAUACGAAGUGGUUUUUGCCUGGGGGAUGAGGGGGAGAAGUUAGCUUCCAGCUGUCAGAAUAUGGGAGGGAAAACUGAAAUGGUAAUCAAUGUUGCAAUAUAAAUUGGCAUCAGUAGAUUUCAGGUAACCCCCCCUUACAUGAUGAGACUCUACAGUUUGUCUCUCCAGCUUCAGAUUCAAGCUGGCCACAGGUUUGGGGGUCACAUUCAGAAGUUUUUCUUUACAACCAUAAGCACUUAAAAACAUAUAAUGAAAUCUUAAAUUCUGCAGAAGCUGAUGGGAUCUGGUUCAGUGAAGCACCAUGGUGCUGCCUCAGUCUGAUCCCUGGUUCCCAUUAGAUGUCACUUUUUGGUGCCUUUCUCCCUGGGCUGAUUUAUCUGGGUUUUCAAGACACCAGGUGCAUUUGCUUGGUUAUUUCUGCCCCUCUGGCAGUGGGAGGGCUGUACAUACACAUCCUCCCUUGACUUAAUUUUGUAUUUUCCAGUUUGUUGUGGCCUGGCCAGCCCCACGUCCACAUCCUACCCCUUCUUUUUGAGCUCUUGCAGCUCCCAGCAUGCUCUCUUUCUCAACAAAUUGGAAUUAAUAAUUAAUAUAAAAAGCUUGAAAACAUGAAUAUUGUUACAUAGUGUAAUAACUGUAGAUACUAUUGUGAGAUGUAGGAAUCUAUUGGUGAUACAAGAGGUUAUGUCUGUAAAUAAUCAGUUUAGAACCCAAAUGAUUUUAAUAAAGAGAGAAUUCUUACAUGAGUGAUUCAAUAAACAUUAAUAUACAACAUGGAA